GGGUCAAUGUUUUGUUUUGCAAUUUAAUUUGUGACUGGCGCUGAUGAGUCAGAAGUCGAAAAACAUUCGAAAAGUCUAGUUUUCUCCGUCGUACAAAUCAAGGUUGCGGUUCCUGUUUCGUCGAUUCCCCGGAAGGUUAAGGAAGAACUAAUCAAAUAUGGAGUGGCUGUUCGGCAAGCGAAUGACCCCGGACGAGAUGAUGCGCAAGAACCAGCGGGCGCUGAACAAGGCGAUGCGGGAUUUGGACCGUGAGAAGAUGAAGAUGGAACAGCAGGAAAAAAAGAUCAUCGCCGACAUCAAGAAGCUGGCCAAGGAGAACCAGAUGGACGCGGUCAAGAUUAUGGCGAAGGAUCUGGUCCGGACGCGGCGGUACGUGCGCAAGUUCAUGCUGAUGAAGGCCAACAUCCAGGCCGUCUCGUUGAAGAUCCAGACGCUCAAGUCGCAGAACGCGAUGGGCGAGGCGAUGAAGGGCGUCACGAAGGCCAUGUCCAACAUGAACCGCCAGCUGAACCUGCCCCAGAUCCAGAAGAUUCUGCACGAGUUCGAGAAGCAGUCGGAGAUUAUGGACAUGAAGGAGGAGAUGAUUAACGACGCGAUGGACGACGCCAUGGAGGACGAAGGGGACGAGGAGGAAACGGACGCCAUCGUGUCACAGGUGCUGGACGAGCUGGGCCUGCAGAUGAACGACCAGCUGUCCGGGCUGCCACAGGCUUCCGGAUCGCUGUCGGUGGCCGGCGGCGUCAAAGCUCCGCAGGCGGCCGCCCUCGGGGCCGGUGGUGGUGGUGGGGCUGGCGCUGGAGCAGCGGGCGGUGCGGGUGGUUCCGGAGCGGGUUCUCCGGUGUCGGACGCCGACGCGGACCUGCAAGCUCGGCUGGACAAUCUGCGAAGGGAGUAGGAGUGCGUCGUUUGGGUGUUUUUAUUGUUUGCUUGUUUGCGUUCUCACCUCAAAAAGAAAUCACAUUCGAUACAUUUAUGCUGAACCUUUAUUUUACUGCGCGAUGUGCAUUAUAUUUAUCACUUAACAAGGCUCGAUGUGUACAUUUUUUUCUUUGUUGCUCAUGCUCAUUCGGCUCGAUCGAGAGAAUAAAUUGAGGAAAAUCAUUUUUUAAGGCCUUUGAAAUGUACGAAGAGAUUUUUUGAAGGAUACAUUUGGUAAUAAAUAUUCAUAUGUUCAUCUUAUACAAGUGAAAA